AUGUACCAGGCGGGACCCCUCCGACGGACGAUGAGAACCAAGUUCCUAUCAUCUGUUUUCAUCCACUUUGCUUUACUAUGGAACAUUGGAAAGGUGUUGCAAGUGGAUGGCAGCGAGGAGGAGUACAGGCUGCAAAAGCAUCUCUUCGGGAACUACCGCAAAAUCCGGCCUGUGAUGAGCUCCCGGGAUCCUCUAAUCGUCUCCUUCAUCCUGUCCCUCUUUCGGAUUCUCCGGUUGGACGAGAGGGACCAGUCAAUGGCCAUCCUUGUAGCAGUGGUCGAGCGCUGGAAUGAUACCCACCUCCAAUGGAACCCAGCCGAUUAUGAUGGGAUUCGGGAGACCGUAACCCUCUACGAAUCCGCUUGGGUUCCGGAUAUCAUCCUCUACAAUAGCGCAUCCGAGACAUACUUGAAAGGAAUUGUGACAACGAAUCUCAUCGUGGAAUAUACCGGGGAAGUGAUGUUAGAGAUGGUGGCACACUUCCGCUCCUCUUGCAACAUUAACGCCAAGGGUUUCCCAUUCGACAAACAGACCUGCACACUGCUCUUCAUGUCCCUCACCCAGGACCAAGAUAAGUGGUACGCCUACAAAAUUUUGGGAACCGCUGGUUUAGACCAAUCCACAAUGCUUGUCACCGAUCAGAUCCAGAUGAGAGUACCGAAUGACCGUGGAGCCGAGCUUGUGGCAUACAAAGAGAGUGCAGAAUUCAAGUUGGAGUUGAUUACGGUUGCGCAAAGGAACUAUACAGAUCCGUGCUGUAUUCUUCCCUUCUCUGCUGUGGAGUACUCCAUCACCCUCUCCAGAAAGGGAAUGUUCUUUCUCGUCAUCAACCACGUCCUCCCGAUGGUCGUCAUCAAUAUCAUCGCCCUUCUGGCGUUCCUGGUGCCAUGCGAGAGCGGGGAGAAAGUGACGCUUGGGAUAUCCACCAUGCUGAAUAUGAUUAUCUUCCUAACUAGCAUCCGGGACCUCCUCCCACCCACCGAAGAUAUUCCGCUUAUAGGGAGAUACUACUGCGUGUGCAUCUGUCUGGUUGGAUUGGAGGUGGGCUUGAGCAUCUUCACGCUUUAUCUUCAUCAUUUGGAGGGAGUCCCUUUCCCCCGGAGCAUGCAGAAAUUCUGUCAGAUUUUGGCCAGAAUGCCCUUCAUGAGAAUGUCACAAUUCAUCGAGGUUGAAAACGGAAAGGAGAAGAAGAUGAAGAAGAAGGGCAAAGACAUGGUAGAGAUGAAGGAGGCUGGGGCUGAACGACUCUCCUUUCCGCUUUUCUUCGACGAUCUGAUUCGACUUUCCAAAAAACAGCCCAGAGAUGAAACCCACGGCAAUGAGCGGGAAACAGAGAUCUCGCCUAACAAUGACGAGCAACAGAACCAGGAGCGGAAGGAGGAGCCGAGGAUGAUUCGAGGACAACCGGAUUUCUUGGCCCACCUGGAGAAUUGGAGAAUCGCCUCUAAGAUCCUGGAUCGGUUCUUUCUCUUCCUCUUCGCGGUCCUCAAUGUUGCCAUUUCCAUUGUCAUCAUGGCAUGUUCUGGCGAUUGA